AUGAGUAUUACUUUUGUUCAAGAAUUACAUAAUGAGGAGAAAACAAUGAACAUGCUAUUGGUUGGAUGUUUAUGUAAAUCUUUUGGUAUAUUGUUUGUUUGUCAAUUUCCAACGUUAAUGAUCAUUCGUUGCAUUCAUACACCAAGUCCAAUAUCCUACAUUUCUACAAUAAAUAAUGAAUCACUUCCACAAAAUCAACUUAGUGAUAAGUUCAAAGUUAUGUCCACCAUACUAUUAGUUGGAUUGGCAACUGGAGUGGUUUUUGCAGUUGACAUGAGAAAACAUUACAUCGAAAACCAAUUAAGAAACAUUGAAAUAAUGGUAAGUGAAUCAAGUCCCAGCAAACUAUUAAUUCUUAGAAAAAACGAAGAUAUCCAAGAAGCUAAGAAAAUAAGUGAUCACAAUGAUCUUCAUUUAGCUAUAUUUAUAAAUGAACAAUUUUGUAAUUUUUAUAAAAAACAGUACAGUGGUAAACUAAACUUUGGCAUAUCAUGUUUGUUAUAUACUGAAGAAAUCAAUGCCAUUGCUAUUGGAUAUAAUACAGGCCAUUUCCAACUCUGGGACUAUGCAGUGUUCGGAACGUUCACCAAAAAAAUGAGCUUGUUCACGUUCACGUUCAGUCCUUAA